AUGCAGGAGCCGAGCAUCGCCUUCGUCCUGGACCAGCCCGAGGACAAGGCCCAUCGCCCUGGGGACGAGCUCACGGGGCGGGUCAAGCUGCUCGGCAUUGACCGCCCGCAGGUCCGCGAGCUGCGCGUCCAGUUUCGAGGCAUUUCUCGCAUAACGAUUCCGUCGCGGCUUCCGUGGUCAGUGCCCAGCGACUCGAUCGUCCGCUCCGACGAGACUGUCGAUCUGUUCAGCCAACAGCGCGUCUUCGCCAAGGACGCCCUGCGCGACAAUGAAGAUGGAGGACUCUCGGCGCCCGUCUCCUUUGCAUUUACCUUGAGAGAAACGUCCGGGGCCGGUUCCGUGACGCCGUCCGCAGGCCCGCUCCCUCCGUCGCUGAGGUGUUUCAGCCAGCCUUUCGACUGCACGGUCGAGUACGCCCUGGAGGCGGAGCUCACGCUGGCGCAAGCCGGGUCUCGGGCAAAGACGUGCACGGCGAGGCGCGUUCUCGACUUUGAGCCCGCGGGCGGGAGUGAAACGGUGGAGCCGCAGAUGGUAUCCUUUGCCAGCAGCUUCACUCUUGCGCCGCUGCCGCACACGCUCGACGUGAGAACCGAGGGGCCUCCGUUGUCCUUUCGAGAAAAGUUCAACUCGUUCAUCUAUCGAAACCGUCAGGCUCCGUCUCCCUUCUCCAUAGUUAUCCGGGCCUCCUCGCAGCUGGUACGGAGAGAACCGUUGCCGCUCUUGGUCACCCUACAGCUGGAGAAUGGCACGGUAGCGAUGCACCGCAAGUUCCAAGUCCGGGGCGCAACUAUGGUGAUAGAGAGGAACACCACCGUCCAAGGGCCUGGCAACAAGACCCUGCAACACAGUGACAAAACAGUUGUCAUUGACAGCCGGGAGCUGGACAUUGCGCUACCUGCCAAUACAGAAGUGGACUUGUGGCCACGGAUAUCGAGCCUGAUCGCCCCUGAGCUGCCGCCGCCGACCUUCGCCAGCAAUGGCAUCACGAGAGAUUACAGUAUGGACGUGACACUCUCUGUGGGAUGCGGCGAUGAAGAGUUUCAGGUCAAGGGAUCGAUUCCCUCUCUUGUAGUCCUACCAUCCGCCGCUCUCGACAUGCCGAGCCUGCCUCCGGAUGAUGAGCCGCCCAGCUAUGAAACGGCCAUGGGCUCCAGCUCCGCAAUGGGCACCGCCCCGCCUUACUCUCUUCCAGAGUCCCAAGCAGAUCAGCACAUCCCCGAAGCAUCCGUCGACGUAAAGGUCGACUUUGAGAUGAGGGGCCGCGUGUUUGAGUUUGUGAACGGCGAGAAGAAGUACUGGAAAGAGCGCGGCAUGGCAAAUGUCGCUCUGCAGAGGGACAGCUGCGGCAAGCCGAGGCUGGUUGCAAAGUACGUAAAGACGGGGGAGGUCUGCGCUGACCACCACAUCACACUCGAUAUGAAGCUUUCUCCCAUCGUCCAGUCGGACCGUAGCUGGACGUGGUGCGCGGGCAACGACAUGAGCCGCGAUGGCUCAAAGGCGCAGACUCUAGCCGCACGAUUCAAAGACUCGGCAAGCGCACACGAGUUCAAGGACGCCUUUGUUGGCAUCCAGAAGGCGGCGGCUUAG